CACGCCAUGUCAUAUCAUGUCCCGUAGGCACACAGUGGUCAGGCUCAAUGGGCCGCGUGGGUGCGAUCCAGGUCGUGGUAUCCCCGGAACUGAGCAACGAAGUGGUGACCAGCGUCAUGUUACACCACGCCAUGUCAUGCCAUGUCACACCAUGUCACACCACGCCAUGUCACGCCAUGUCACUCCAUGUCACGCCAUGUCAUAUCAUGUCCCGCAGGCACACAGUGGUCGGGCUCGAUGGGCCGCGCGGGUGCGAUCCAGGCCGCGGUGUCGCUGGAGCUGAGCAGUGACGUGGUGACCAGCGUGGACGUGGCCAUGGAGGGGCUGAACGGGCAGCUGCCCAACAUGGACCUGCUCAACCUGUUCCACGCGUGUUGUCAGAAGGCCGGGCUGCUCUGCACCAUACAGGGCAAGCUGCCCCGCAGUGACGCGGGUUCGGGGCUGCAGUCGCUGCUGCUGCAGUUGCUCCAUGGGGCAGCAGGGGGCGCUAACGGGGACCACGCGCUGUUCCUGCGCUACCGGAUCGAGGCCGUGACGGUCAGAGGCAUCAACAGCUUCAGGCAGCACAAGCACGACAUGAGGGCGGUGGGGAGGCUGUUGGAGGGCGUGUUCCGCUAUGGGGCUGUAUGUCCCGCUAUGGGGCUGUAUGUCCCGCUAUGGGGUUUUAGGUCCCACUAUGGGGUUUUAGGUCCCGCUAUGGGGCUGUAUGUCCCUCUAUGGGGUUUUAGGUCCCUCUAUGGGUCUGUAUGUCCCGCUAUGGGGUUUUAGGUCCCCCUAUGGGGCUGUAUAUCCCUCUAUGGGGUUUUAGGUCCCACUAUGGGGUUUUAGGUCCCGCUAUGGGUCCGUGUGCCCCACAGAUCCCUAUGUGCCCCCCAGGCUGUUGGAGGGCGUGUUCCGCUAUGGGUCUGUAUGUCCCACUAUGGGGUUUUAGGUCCCUCUAUGG